AAAGGAGUGGAGUGGACCGGGCGAGGUCAAUAAGGGAGCGAACGGUGUGUAGGAGGAGCAUGUACGUUACAGUAACGGUACGAGGAGCGAAAAGAGGAGCGGGGCGGGCUAGAGGGCACGUAUGUCGUAUGGGGGGUAUGGCCAAUGUCCUCCCUCCCCCUGGGGCGUUUCUAGGGUGCAACACGGGCUGUCAACACGCGUUGAGUGAUAGAACGCCUUUUGCUUCAUUCAUGAUCUGCACCUUACUUAUCGGUGGCUCUGCUGCCUGAGCCAAUGGCAACGGAAGGGAGGCGGACGACAGUUUCGUAUUCGCAGUAGGGCAGGCUGCCAAACACGGCUGCCAACGUACCGCUUGUUACUGCUGUAGGUGGCUACCGCUCAGGUGGUGCGCAGCAACUGGCUGCCUGCUUCUGUUCCCUUGUACCGUAUCUUGCAGUGUGUUGUGUGUAUCGUGUUUCAUGUAGUGUUGUCAAACUCCGCCGCGCACAUCCAUGUAUGUAUCGAUGGGCGGCGGCACAAUGUGUACGGAGGUUUGCUGCUGAGGUGGUUGGUGGGGAGCAGUGGAUGGUUGGUUGCGUGGUGUGUAGUGGAGGGGAGCGAAGAGGCGGAUGCAGUUUGAUUCGCCUGUGUGCUGCAAUACGGUGCAACGCUUCCUCGCGAGUCUCAAGUUCGUCCGCUGAAGCAACCCCAUGUUAUCGCGGCUUGCAAGACUGUUUUGGUGAUGUUCGUGUUGGCUCUUCACGUUGUGCGGAUACGCUAAUGCAGGCCUUUCCGGGAAGGAGAGUUACUGGCACCGAGACAUGUGGAACCUUACAGCAGCUCCUGGAGCAGGAAGGCGGGACACAGCCGGGGGGUGUCCUGGUUGACCCGGAUUCGACGAUUGUAGAAGUGAAAUUGUAUAACGUGGCCGUCAAGUAUCUAAUGGAUGGACCAGUCAGCAGUAUGUGGCGGAGGUUGUGUAAGCCGUACCGGGCGAUCGUUCGGUGGUCAACCUACAUCCGAGGCAACGCAACGUCAGGUCAACCGACGCCACUUAGGAGGAGGAGAAGCCUAGGACGCCUAACGCGCGACAAAAUAUUUACAUCUUCACAAUCAUUUUAUUCGUUUCGUGGUUUACGGAGAGCAGGAUACGUUUGUUGGCUUUGUGGACCCUUGCAACAGUCGUGGCGACAGUCGCGCUUUAAGCCUGAAUCUAUCCUCUCCAUUAAUACCGGUUAACGGCAAAAUGUUAUCAAUGCUUUCUGGGCGCUCUGUUUUGCGCGGAAAGCCCUGCGCAGCGCGCAGCGUUAAGGGACCAUCAACGGGCCUCCCCCGCCUUCCCUGCCGCACGCCCCUGGGCCACCACCCCCGCCUCCACCGCCACCUCUCGCCCCUUCAUCCCCAUCCCGCCUCAACCUCCUCUUCCACCUCCACCUCCGUAGCCUCUCCAACUGCUUCCGCUCCCACCGCUGCCGACCCUGCCUCCCCCUCCUCCUCCUCCUCCCCCGGCCCCAGCUCCUCGCCCUCUCCCGCCUCCCAGCCCGCCUCCGAAACCUUCUCCUGGACUGCUGCCUGGUACCCCGUGGCUCCCACCGCCUAUCUGGACCCCACCCGCCCGCACCCCUUCACGCUGCUUGGGCGGGACCUAGUGCUGUGGCGGGACGGGGGCGGCGUGUGGCGGGCCUUUGAGGACGCGUGCCCGCAUAGGUUGGCCCCCCUGUCGGAGGGCCGUGUGGAGUCGGACGGCUCGCUGUUGUGCGCCUACCAUGCCUGGCGCUUUGAUGGCUCGGGCCGCUGCACCGCCCUGCCGCAGGCGGAGAGCCGCGAGGCGGAGAGCCGGGCCUGCAGCAACCCCAGGAGCUGCGCCCGGGUGUACCCCACCUGCGAGGCGCAGGGGCUGCUGUGGGUGUGGGGCGAGGCGGGGCCAGGGGGCCAGGCAGCCAGCUGCAUGAGGCCGCCCGCCAUCAUACCCGAGCUGGAGGAGCUGCCUGCCUCCCAGGUGCACCCCCUGCCCUGGUACUUCCGCGACCUGCCCUACUCGCAUGACUACUUCCUGGAGAAUGUGACGGACCCCGCGCAUGUGGGCGUGUCACAUCACAAGAUGGCAGGCAACCGCUAUAACCCUGACCAGUACUUUGCUGUGGACGAGCUGCAACCGCCAACCGCCAACGGGGGCUUCAAGUACCGUGUCAAGUCCCGCGCCCCCACCUCCCCCGAGACCAGCUACUCCACAACCACCUUCCUGCCGCCCUCCCUCAUCAAGAUCCGCACUGAGUUCCAGGACGGCGGCACGUUGCUGCUGGCGCUGUACAGCUGCCCCACCCGGCCGGGGCACACGCGGCACAUCGGGAGACAGAUCCUGAUCCGCGACCCGGCGGGUCGGCUGCCUCGGGGCCUGGCCUUCUUCGCUGCGCCCAUGCCGGUGUGGCUGAGCCACACACUCGCCUCCCUGUUCCUGCACCAGGACCAGGUGUUCCUGCACCACCAGGAGCACAACGUGGCUGCUCGCAGCGCCGCCUCGCACACCGCAAAGUACUUCAUGCCCACCCCGGCUGAUAACAUGACGGUGGCCCUGCGCACCUGGCUAGCCAGGUUUGCGGGCGGCCGCAUACCCUACGCCACGACAGCAGCAGCAGGAGCAGGAGGAGGCAGCACCGCCCCCUCCCCCUCCUCGUCCUCCCCCUCCGAGCUGCCCCUCCCCCCCCGGGACCGCUCCCGCGACUCCCUCUUCGACACCUUCACCACUCACACCCGCCAGUGCUCCGUCUGCAGUACGGCACUGCGCAACCUGCGGCUGGCCAGGACCCUGGUGCUGGCGACGGCGGGGGCGGCGGGGGCGGCAGCCCUUCUGGUAACGGCAGUCGCAGCCUCGGCGCAGGCGGCAGCGGCGGCGGCAGCGGGCGCCUCCGCCGGCGCCGCCACCUCAGGCGCGCUGCUGCGGUGGCCGCCGCUGGGCGCUGUUGCUGCAGCGGUGCUGGCGGCGGUGUUGGGUGGGGUGGUGGUGGUGAUUGACCGGUUGGUGGGGCUGAUGCACCGGUAUGAGUUUUCACACGCGGAUAACCCGUGAGCAGCGAGUAAAUGGAGACGCUGAGGUGGUGGUAACUCAGCUGAAAGGGUAGGAGGAGGACGGUGGUGGCUGGAAGGGGAUGGUGGUUGGGACGAGCCAUGGGUAGAGGGAAGUAAGAUGCUGGCAUGCGUGGUGGGGAUUUUGGGAUACAUAAGGCGUUCCGGGUAAUGGUUGUUGUUGGAGGGAGAGGUGGCGGUUUGUGGUUUCUGCCGGAAGAGAUAGGAGAGAGGCAACAACCAGCAUUAUAGGCCUGAACGGCUAACGGGUUACGUGAAGAGGGAAUGGAGAGGGGUUACACAGGAGUACAACACGCAAGGACUCUGGCGUGAUGUUACAUGGUGCGAGACCUACCAAGGCCACACACCGGCCAUGUAAGGUCUACAAAACGA